AUGCCAUCCUCAGUUUUGCCAACCACAGAUCCACCCAACAAAUCAUCAAAAACAUCUUCAAAACUACCAAUUUAUUUGGUUUCUGCCAUCGUCAUUGUAUUGGUGAUCGCUGUUGUUCUUAUCAAUUUCUUCCAUCGAACUACACCUCCAACUUCUGAAUUAGUCAAUUCUUCAACAAUUAUUCCAUUAUCCGCUAUUUCCAGCACCACAAGUUCUAGCUCCAGUAGCAGCCAAGAAUCGGAUGAAACUGAAAAUCCAGAAAAUCUUACUGAAGUCACAAUUUCUAUUGAAACAACUCAGGAACCGACUACUUCUACAGAAGCUGACACCACAACAGUAAUCUUUGAAACAUCUACAGUUGUACCAAUUGAAGAGACAUCUACAGUAACCUUUGAAACUUCUACAGUAAGCCUGGAGACAUCUACAGUAACCUUCGAAACAUCAGAAGCUCAAAUAUCCCAAGAAGAAGAGUGUAGUAAAACUUGCAGGUUCGUAAAAUGGAUCAAAACUCAAAUUCAUAAAUUCAUUAACACAUACUUUUAAGUAAAAUAAAUCGUUUUGCAGUAUCCAAGUUGUUGAAACAAUUCCACGUGACGUUCAUUUUUCCUCCCCAAUUUCCACGCGAAACUCAUUCGAAUCAUGGGCUGAAAUGUUGUCAGAAGCCGAGCGAGAAAUCGACAUUUUCGCAUAUAAAAUGAAUCUUCGUGGAAGUGAACUUCGCUAUGACGUGGAUAAUUCGACGACGGAGGGAAAGAUGUUGUAUGGAAUUUUGGAGUCGAAAGCGAGAAAUGGAGUGGAUGUGAAAUUGAUUGAUUGUCAGCCGCCGACAAAUCCGAUUAAUAAUUUGGAUGCUGAGGAAUUAGAGAAAUUGGGUGAGUUUGGGCUCGAAACCAACCAGGCCCAGGCCUGUGCCGGAGCUUUUCCGGUUUUUUCAAGGAAAAAUUUUUCCGAUUUUCCGGAAACUUUAGUAGUAAUCUCUUCAAUUUUGCCUAAAUUUUGGGAAAUUUUCUCAGCUUAUUAUGAAAAAAUAAAAUUUUCACAUUUUACGACUUUUUCAACGUAAAACGGCUCAGAUGAUUACUAAAUUACCAACUUUUAAGUAAAAAGGUUGAAAAUCAAAAUUUCAGACCUUGAAAAGUUUUCCAAAUUUUCCGGUUCAAGAAAUCAGGAAAUUUUCAGACUUUCCGUUUUCCAGGUUUUGAUUUUCCGGAAAAAAAGAUUUUUCAAACAUUUUGGAGCUCACAAGGCUCAGUCUGAAAAAGUUACAGAUUUGGAAUAAUCCAAAAAUGUAAAAAUGAAGUCGAUGAGUUGUUUUUUUAACAGUGUCAAAAAAGUUUUUUUAUCAAAAAAUGACUCGUGGCAAAAUCAGAAAGGCUUCCUAAUUUUGCCAUGGAUGAAGUCAACGAUAAAUUUUUCAAAAAAAAAAUCGGCCCGAGAUUUUUCAAAAAAAUCGUCCCGAGAUUUUUCAAAAAAAAUCGGCCCGAGUUUUUUCAAAAAAAAAUCGGCCCGAGAUUUUUCAAAAAAAAAUCGGCCCGAGAUUUUUCAAAAAAAAAAAUCGUCCCGAGAUUUUUCAAAAAAAAAAAUCGGCCCGAGUUUUUUCAAAAAAAAAAUCGGCCCGAGUUUUUUCAAAAAAAAUCGGCCCGAGUUUUUUCAAAAAAAAAUCGGCCCGAGUUUUUUCAAAAAAAAGUCACAGAUUUGGAAUAAUCCAAAAAUGUAAAAAUGAAGUCAUUGAGUUGUUUUUUUUAACAGUGUUAAAAAAGUUUUUUGAUCAAAAAAUGACUCGUGGCAAAAUCAGAAAGGCUUCCUAAUUUUGCCAUGGAUGAAGUCAACGAUAAAUUUUUCAAAAAAAAAAUCGGCCCGAGAUUUUUCAAAAAAAAAAAUCGGCCCGAGUUUUUUCAAAAAAAAAAAUCGGCCCGAGUUUUUUCAAAAAAAAGUUACAGAUUUGGAAUAAUCCAAAAAUGUAAAAAUGAAGUCAUUGAGUUGUUUUUUUAACAGUGUUAAAAAAGUUUUUUGAUCAAAAAAUGACUCGUGGCAAAAUCAGGAAGGCUUCCUAAUUUUGCCAUGGAUGAAGUCAACGAUAAAUUUUUCAAAAAAAAAAUCGGCCCGAGAUUUUUCAAAAAAAAAAAUCGGCCCGAGUUUUUUCAAAAAAAAAAUCGGCUCGAGUUUUUUCAAAAAAAAAAAUCGGCCCGAGUUUUUUCAAAAAAAAAAAUCGGCCCGAGUUUUUUCAAAAAAAAAAUCGGCUCGAGAUUUUUCAAAAAAAAAAUCGGCCCGAGAUUUUUCAAAAAAAAAAUCGGCCCGAGUUUUUCAAAAAAAAUCGGCCCGAGUUUUUUCAAAAAAAAAAAUCGGCCCGAGUUUUUUCAAAAAAAAGUUACAGAUUUGGAAUAAUCCAAAAAUGUAAAAAUGAAGUCAUUGAGUUGUUUUUUUAACAGUGUUAAAAAAGUUUUUUGAUCAAAAAAUGACUCGUGGCAAAAUCAGGAAGGCUUCCUAAUUUUGCCAUGGAUGAAGUCAACGAUAAAUUUUUCAAAAAAAAAUCGGCCCGAGAUUUUUCAAAAAAAAAUCGGCCCGAGUUUUUUCAAAAAAAUCGGCUCGAGUUUUUUCAAAAAAAAUAGGCCCGAGAUUUUUCAAAAAAAAGUUACAGAUUUGGAAUAAUCCAAAAAUGUAAAAAUGAAGUCGAUGAGUUGUUUUAUUAACAGUGUUAAAAAAGUUUUUUGAUCAAAAAAUGACUCGUGGCAAAAUCAGGAAGGCUUCCUAAUUUUGCCAUGGAUGAAGUCAACGAUAAAUUUAAAAAAAAAUCGUCCCGAGUUUUUUCAAAAAAGUUACAGAUUUGGAAUAAUCCAAAAAUGUAAAAAUGAAGUCGAUGAGUUGUUUUUUUAACAGUGUUAAAAAAGUUUUUUGAUCAAAAAAUGACUCGUGGCAAAAUCAGGAAGGCUUCCUAAUUUUGCCAUGGAUGAAGUCAACGAUAAAUUUUUCAAAAAAAAUCGGCCCGAGAUUUUUCAAAAAAAAAAUCGGCCCGAGUUUUUUCAAAAAAAAUCGGCUCGAGUUUUUUCAAAAAAAAAUAGGCCCGAGAUUUUUCAAAAAAGUUACAGAUUUGGAAUAAUCCAAAAAUGUAAAAAUGAAGUCGAUGAGUUGUUUUAUUAACAGUGUUAAAAAAGUUUUUUGAUCAAAAAAUGACUCGUGGCAAAAUCAGGAAGGCUUCCUAAUUUUGCCAUGGAUGAAGUCAACGAUAAAUUUAAAAAAAAAUCGUCCCGAGUUUUUUCAAAAAAAGUUACAGAUAUGGAAUAAUCCAAAAAUGUAAAAAUGAAGUCGAUGAGUUGUUUUUUUAACAGUGUUAAAAAAGUUUUUUGAUCAAAAAAUGACUCGUGGCAAAAUCAGGAAGGCUUCCUAAUUUUGCCAUGGAUGAAGUCAACGAUAAAUUUUUCAAAAAAAAAAAUCGGCCCGAGAUUUUUCAAUUUUUAAAAUCAUUCUAAUUUCAAAAAAAUCCAAAUUUUAAAUUCAGGUUUGAUUGAAAGACAUGGUUUGGAUAUGAAUACAUUGAAUGGUGGCGGAGGUGGAAUUCAACACAGCAAAACUUUCAUCGUCGACGAUCGUCAUUUAUUUGUUGGAUCUCAGAAUUUCGAAUGGAAAUCAUUUUCUCAAGUCAGAUAUAUCUAGAUAUUUAUUUCAAAAUUCCCAAAUUUUUGCAGAAACUCGAAAUCGGUCUGCAAAUCAUGGAUUGUCCAUGUUUAGCACUUCAAGCCAGUCAACUUUUCGAUGAAUAUUUCAGAUAUUUGUCUGGAAAUGAUACUUUCCAACCUGUGGAAUUUGCGGCGGUUCAAAUAAGAAAUUCAAGUUUUCAAUUUCUGGUAGAUCAACUUUGACCUAAAAAUUCCAGAGAAAAAAAUUUCAGGCUUCUCCAUCUGUUCUUCUCAAAUCCUCGGAAAGUUGGGAUUUCGAAAAAUUGUUGAAUUUGAUUUAUGAGGCGAAAGAGAGUGUCGAUAUUGCAGUUAUGCAAUAUUUCCCAUCUUGGAUUUAUUUCAAAAAACAAGAAUUUUUCUCGCCAAUCGAUGACGCGAUUCGAAUGAGUUUAUCGAGAGGAGUUCGGGUAACUCAACUUUGAAUUUUUCUUAUUUUUCAAAAGAAAAUUUAAAAAAUGCAAUUUUUCUCCCUAGAUUCGUAUAAUUGUUUCUGGCGAUGAUGAAGAGGAACAGAAAUUGAUGUUCACUUAUCUUCAUAGUUUACAAGUUCUCGAUUCGCCGGGGAAUAAUCGAAAUAUUCAAGUGGUAUGUUUGUGACGUCAUGAGAGAAAACGAGAGAGUGUGCGUGGAGAAGAGAGCGCGAGACGGAAAAGGGAUAUGAAAACAGGACUCCGCCCACUUUUUUAAAAAUUAAAUUAAAUAUUUUUUUUCAAACAAAUUUUUGUUUGAAAAAAAUGGUUUUCACAAAUUUUUGAAACGUAUUAUUUGAGGGUGUUUUCAAUCUACCAAAAAACUGUGAAAAUUGAAAAGUGAUGAUUUUUCUGUUUCAAAUUUAAUUUUCAUAAUUUUUUUUGCCUCAAUCUGAAUUCUGCCACGUCAUAACUCAAAACUGUAGUGAUUUUUCUCCCAGAAAUUCCUGACCAUCCCCCAAACCGCCCAAGAAUCCUACAAAGAUCGAAAACUCCACGCCAAAUUCAUCGUGUCCGAAACGCAAACUCUCAUCGGCUCCUCUAAUUAUGCUCCCGAAUAUUUCUAUAAAUCUUCCGGAACCGCUAUUUUGAUUAGCGAAAUGCCAUUUAUCGGCGAGUAUAAUCAACAACUUCGCGCGGUUUUUAACAGGUAAAAAUCUCCUUUUUUUGGGGAAAAAACCCUCAAAUCUUUUUUUUUCUAAAUAGAUAUUGGUCAAGUAAAUACACCCAAACUCUUCAAAAAUUCGGUGAAUCUCGCGGGUUUCUUCCAACUUCUCCAAAAAAUCCCAUCUCUUGGUUGGAUUUCGAUCAUAUUCUAUUUUCCAAUGAGAAAUACGUUUCAACAAAAGUGGUCGUCGAGAAAAACAAGCCGAAAAAGGACGAGGAAUCGGGAGAAGUCGAAUAUUUGAGCUUCAAUUAG